CCUUCAUCUGAUGCUUCAUGUAGCAAGCAGUAUCUGGUACCGUCCAUGUUGAUGUCACAUCCACCCGAGGACAUAAUGAGCUUGGUUGCAUCAGCUCAUAUUCCCCCACUAUUCCUUAAAUUUGAAUCUGGCCAAGUUCCGCUUGGCUUGUUUCCCCGACUUGUGCUGCAGUUCUUUCAGUGGGAUCAAGAACAACAAGGGAAGCCUCAACUGUACCACAAUUUUGCUAGAUUUUACACCUCUCAAAAGGAAGACUGCUCCGUAAUCCUUCUGUGCCAUUCAUCUUCCAUUGAAGUUGUUGUUCACCAAGGGACGAGUCAAGACAGUUUACAAUCAAAGCUCUCUUGUUCUGCCGAUGUCAGCUAUGACACGUGUGAGGUAACCUGUGCUCAUGCAGUGCGUAGAAAGCUGGGACUGAUUCUUGAGUCCAUUCGAAAUGAGUUCUGUUGGCUAAAGAAUAUGAAAUAUGAAGUCAGCUUCAUCUGCCCGGUUUGUUGUCCAGGAGGUGCGGUUAGGUUCUGUAGCAGACAUGGUACACAAGGUUGCAAGCGAGAGGUAUGCCUGCACUUCUGGCCUGAGUCUCAGUUGUGUGAUGUCGAGGAGGUCAUCUGUUGCACGAAAUCAGCAGCUGCACAGAGCAACAGAGUCGAGAUUACGCAGUUCGCAUCAUGGUUUGCCCCUCCUCAAAAUCAGCUGACAGUUGAUAAGCAUAAUGGAGGAAAUUUGGGCAAUGUGCAAGAGACUUCUCUAAAGCGAAGGAAAGAAGCUCCAUGUACCAGUUCAAAACGUCCUAAACUCACGGCUGAGCGCCUAGCAGUAAAAGAAGACUCACCAACGAAUAAUGACCUGGAAGAAUUGGCAUACGAAAUCAUCGAUGUAUGGAAGAAGCUUGGGCGACGGUUGUUGGAAAGUGAUGAAUCAUCACUACUUGCAAUUGAUAAGGAGAAUGAGGACUACAGUGAAAAGGCUUACCAAAUGUUGUUAAAAUGGAAACGAGCUAGAGGCCCACUUGCAACUUUCCUAGUCUUACAUGACGCCUUGUGUCAUCCUUUUGUAAAUCGUCGAGAUUUAGCAGAAAAAUUCUGUGUAGUGAAGCAGGCCUAACACGUCCAUCGCACACAGAUUAUUUCACUUUUGUUUUGAUGUCUUGAAAAUGGGCUCAUUCCCUUGAUUAACUCAGAAACCUCGAUGGACGUUAGAAAGAGGAAGUUCAGUGGAUUGUCUAUUUACGUGUAUAUGUGACAUCAGCCGGGCUCGACACUAACGGUGGCCACUAGCCUACAUGAGACUCGUAGAAAUUCAACUGUCACGUGGAAAUUAAGUGAAAAACAGUUACUUUUUUGUAAUGGGCUAACCUUUAUUAGGGGGCCACCAUCGGGAAAAUGGGAGGUGACCUAACCCUAACCCUAACCUAAUAGGGGUUUGUCAGGGACUAGCAUGAGGCUUGGUAGAAAGGUCAAUUUAUUCAAAUAUAAUACAAAGCAUGUUUUAAGGCAACAAGUGAACUCUUAUUUGCCAUUGCCUUUUCCAAAACAAAGCGAAACUACGUGUAUUAAAUUUUGGCUGCUAGCUUAACAUACCAACGUUGAAUGCCCUACACGACUUGUUUUUUGGCCAGAAACAGUCGACUUAACUUUCCAUGUGACAAUAUGAAUGUUUUAAUGUAAACAAACGAUAAGGUACAAACUACAUUGCAGUUUUUAGAUCUUUCUAAUACGCACGUGUUUAUUCCUCAGAUGGCCUCCAGUAUUUUUGAAGGUCUACUCAGUAAUGCAUGGAGAUCAUACAUUAAUGAUCUUUUUUCAGGGUAAAUUACUUUUUAAUCUAAACUAUUUCUUACUCGAAAUUAUUUUGUGCGCCAAUGACAGCAUUUUUACUCUUUUGUCAAGUCCUAGGUAUCCUUUUUAAGGUAGACCUCUACAUAAGUCAUAUUGGCAUCCUUGGGCUUCUUUGCCUUUUACAUUGAUAUUUUGUAUAUAUUUAUAAAUGGCCAAAACUAAAACAAACAAACAAAACAAUCAAUCUUGAUAAAGCACGUCGCGCUGAAGGCCAUGAUUUAUGCCAUAGGUUUCAACUGAUCUGUAGAUGUUCGAUAUAUCUACGUGAGACAUUCCAAAGACAUACGUAGGCGGCUGCGGCAGUCUAAAAGUCAAACAUUGACGAUUGACAAGUUUUGUAAAGAACACUUCAGUCUAAGGAAUGUUGGACAAGACUUACCAAUAAAAUGAGUAGAGGAGACAAGUGGCAAAUGUGUAGAAGGAGAAUACCUAAAAUGUAUGCAUGAAAAACUCGUCGUGUUAUUGGCCAGAGUAUAACAAAACAUGGAAACGAAUGCAACUAAGCCUCAUCGAUAGUAAUAAGUGUAGUUAUUUAUUGUUUUUUAAUACAAGCCUGUGAUCUGAGACUUAAUAAAGGGGUGACUUUUGUCCAUUA